AUUAUCUAUUUGCCGUCAAGUCCAGUUUGAAAGUUGUAUAUUUACCGUCAUGUCCAAAGAUACAGGAACUAGGCUUACGGAAUUCUAUAAUGACUCUAUAAAGAUGGCUAGACAAUGACACAAAGCUUUUUCCUCUUCAUAACUCUUGGAUUCAUUAGCGUAAUUACGCCUGUUCGAGGUCGGCCUCUACUCUUCUCAACGAGGCACUCUAUCGAACUUUUAGACAACGUUCAGGAUUCCCAACCACAAAGUCAUAACAUUGAGCAACCACGAUCUCCAACGAUAUAUAGAUUAUCAUUUCAUUUUUAUGAACACGAUGUUUAUUGGGCGUCACUCUCAAAGAAUGAUAAAUCUACAAUUUACAAGAGAUAUGUAUCAACUAAUAGCAGCAGUAGCGAAAGAAAAAAGACUGUUGUUCUAGAUGAAGAUCUAGGAACCAUCGAGGGGUUGGCUGUGGAUUGGAUGGCAAACAACAUUUAUUGGACAGAUUCUGAGAAAAAUAGAAUUGAAGUGGCGAAAACGGAUGGAACGUUGCGUAAAGUUCUUAUCCAUCGCCGGAUUUUUGAUCCAAAAGAUAUCGUUCUAGAUCUCGACGACGGGUAUAUGUAUUGGAUAAAUUGGUAUGGUAGACCAAACAUUGAAAAGACCGCAAUGGACGGUUCAACUAGAAAAGUUUUAGUUGAAGAUGACAAUUUUAUGCCGCGUUCAUUAGCUAUAUGGUCGAGAAAGUUGUAUUGGACAGAAAUGAACUCAAAUAGUAUAAAAAGUAUUGGGGUUGAUGGUAAUGGGAAAAAGAGUAUACUACAAACAGCAGAAACUCCAUACGCUCUGGACGUAAUUGGUUCACAGGUUCUAUGGAGCCAAGUGUCGACUUCAAAGAAUGAAGUCUACAAAUGUACGUUAAUGGCAAACGGCACAGAUGUUCGAUGUUAUCAGAGUCAUCUAAUCUAUGAAACUAAACGUCAGAUCACAUCGCUAAGGAUAUUCUCGCACCUCCCCCAGAUGCCCACCGAUAAAUCUGCUUGUAAUUCCAAGCGGGGAAACUGUUCUCAUCUCUGCCUUAUCGCACCUUCGCCGAAAUCCUUUUCCUGCACGUGUCCCACGGGUUUAGCUCGACGAAGCGCUUCGACAUGCGCCAGCGAAACUAAUGAAAUGCUACUGGUAGCUCAAAGAUCCCGUUUACUGAAAAUAUCUCUGGAUACGACUGAAUUCAUCGAUAUUUGUUUACCGUUAGUAAACAAUAAGAACCGUUACUUCAAUAAGCUCGCCUAUGACGCGUUAUCGAAUCGGUUGUUCGCCGUCGACGGUAAACUAAUCAAAUCGAUUCACCUGCGUACGCUCGAAGAACGAAUAGUAGUUGACGAUCCAAAGAGCGAGACGGAAGAGCUAGAUAUUGAUUGGAUCGGCGGCAAUUUGUAUUGGAUCGAUUCCUUCUAUAAACGAAUUCAGGCGUCAACUUUGAACGGCACGCACAAGGUGGUCGUUGUUAGCGACGGCUUGGAAGAUCCCCAUUCUUUAGCUAUUCAUUCUCCUGCCGCUUUCCUUUACUGGGUCGACGGUUUAAAAAUUGAACGAUCGUAUUUAGACGGCAGCAAUCGUUCCGUAUUAUUUGAAGGCGGCGAUAUUCAGCCGAGAUCUUUAAAAGUCGAUUGCCAAGGGGAUAAGCUUUACUGGUUUUCUUCGGCUUCUAAGAGUAUAAUUACAGCUGCUUUAGACGGUACUAAUAGGAAAGUGCUAAUUAAACUUGAACAUCAGAUUUCUUCCUUAGAAGUUUACAACGGAUAUGCUUAUUGGAUAGAUAUAUUGAGGUCCCUAAAAAGAAUUAGUUUAAAGAAUGAUAGCAAUAUUACAGAGAUCCUAGCUGACAAGCCGGAUAUGCGGGAUUUGAUAGCAUUUCGUGUUGGCGACGCUCGGUGCACGGUUAGAUCUGGCGUAAGUGGCGGAGAUGUUUGUAAACGACGCCGUUGUUCUUACAUUUGUCUAAGAAGAUCGACUGAAGGCGUAUGCAAGUGUCCUUCAGGAUUUUACUUAAGUGGGAAUGCAAAAACUUGUAUUAAAUCAGAUGCUUUUUUGUUAUAUGCCGCUCAAAAACGGCUUCACUAUUUUUCACUAAACGAUUCAACUCAAAAUUUUAUAACGAUGGCGUCUACAGCUAAAAAUGCUAUAGCCUUGUCUUUCGACCCUAUUAAAAAGAAGGUGUACUGGAUUGAUUCGAUUAACAGAAUUAUAGUAUCCGCUUAUCUGAAUGGUUCAGGUGAAGAAAUAGUUAUAAAAACUGGAUUAGAGAAUCCAAUUGAUUUGACUAUUGAUUGGCUGGCUCAAAAUCUAUAUUGGAUCGACUCUCGAACGAAAAGAGUAGAAUUGAGUGCCAUAGACGGAUCGGCAAGACGAGUACUCUUUUGGAAUGAUAUUAACAAUUUGACAUCAUUGCUUGUAGACCCUUAUUCGAAUUUCGUUUACUUUGCCCACAAUUCGUAUUCGAAAACGAAACCGAUCCGGCUCGUUAGCGCCCUGGAACGCAGUGGAGCGGACGGUACGAAUCGACGAGCUCUUAUCCAGAACAAAGAAGGUACUAUACACUCUUUAACUAUCGAUUACGAAAAUUCUGUAUUGUACUGGGCCGACUCGGAUUCGGGCCUUAUACAAUAUUCCGAUCUUGACGGAAAAAAUGUUAGGAAUCUACCCUUUAGCGACAUCGAUUACCCUGUUGGAUUAGCAAUCUACAGCGAUUCAAUUUAUUGGAUUGAAAAGAGGAGGAAGACUAUUGUAACCGCUAACAAGAAAAUGCUGAAAGCAGCUAGGGUAAUCAAGCAAACGUCGGCCAACGAUUUGCUCAUCCUGCAGCCGCCAAGGAAACCAAUAGAUGGCGACAGCUGCAAGCAAAGACAUUGCUCAGAUAUAUGCGUUCGAGUUGGAAAUAAUUCCAGCAGAUGUCUCUGCUCAACACAUUAUAAACUACGUGAAGAUGGUAAUUGUGAAAGACCGAAAGAGUUUUUGGUCGUUGGGGAGAAGACAAAAAUCUAUAGAUACGUUCCGGAUGACGCUAGUCCCACUGUUCCAUUUCCUUUUGAUGAAGUGAGGAACGUUCGAUCUGUUACUUAUGACAGUUCAACAAACUCUGUUUUCUGGAUAGACGGAAGGCGAAAUGUAAUUCUUAAAGCAACUGAUUCCCAAAAUGAUUUUGUCCCGAUAGUGCUGUGGAAGAGUGAGGAUCCAUCCAGAUUCAAACCAUCUCAUCUAGUCGUUAAUCCCUAUUCCAGUCAUUUGUAUGUGAUUGACGGUCGUAAUAAUAGCAUUUAUAUAAUCCGAACUGAUACGGGUGAACGAGUUGGGACUAUCUUACUCUCGACGACAGAUAAAAAGCAGAGACCAAGACAGAUGGCUAUCGAUACUAUUAACGGCUAUAUUUUUUGGACGUCUUUAUUACCAGGGCCAAGCAUUUGGAGGGCUUCAUUGGAUGGAAAAAAUGCUUUAAGAAUUGUUUCAGGGGAGACCUUAGAAAAACCUAUUGCUAUUGCAGUUGAUCCAAGAACAAGAAAAGUAUUUUGGUCCGAUGUUUCGUUGGGUCAGAUUGAGAGCACUGAUUACGAUGGAGGGCAAAGAAAAGUAAUCGUGUCUCAACAUUUAAGUGAACCUCGGUCAUUAGCCAUUUUAGGUGAAUGGCUUUACUGGUCGGAGAGGAAAAAGGGUUUGGUUGAAAGGAUUAGAUUAAGUAAUAACUCUGAUAGGACAAAAAUAUUGGCUUUUGAAUUUAUCGCAGGCCUAUCAUCCGUUUCUGCCAUUGAUUAUAAUCAUCCAUGCAAAAAGCCAAGUCGAAAAUGUUCUCAUAUAUGUUUACCUGAAAGGGGAUUUUCUGAUUCGUCAUUGACAUCAAAAUGCUCGUGUCCCUUAGAUCUAACGUUGUCAGGAGAUCGUGCAACCUGCACUGAAGCUUUUGUAUGUGCGGAAAAUUAUAUAAGGUGCAAAGAUACAUGUAUUGUAGAUUCGUGGAGAUGCGAUGGAUUUGUCGACUGCGAAGAUGGAUCUGAUGAGAAAAAUUGUCCGGAAUGCCCGAUAGGGCAAUGGUCAUGCCGAUCUAAGCCUCUAGAGUGUAUAGGAUUGAAUCAACUAUGUGAUGGUCAAGCAGAUUGUCUUAACUCGAGGGAUGAAUCAGAUGCAAACUGUAGAAAACGAGAGUCUUGUCCUCCAGGAAAUUUUAUGUGCGAUCACCGAAAAGCGUGUAUUCCAAAAAGCUUGCAUUGCGAUGGAAUUAAGCAUUGUUCAGACUAUUCGGACGAACGAAAAUGUAAUAUAAGUAAAAGCAUUAAUAGACCUUCAUCUCCUCAUCGAGCCCAAAUUAUAAUAAUUAUAAUAGUUGCUGUGGCUUUAAAAACAUUUAUCGUAAUUGUGAUCGUUGUUGCCUGCAGAAGACAAGUUCCUGAUAGAAAUAAGAAGAAGAAAACUACUUAUCCCACAAAAUCAGUGAGCAAUGUCACCUCAACGAGAAACGAAAUGGGCUUAGCUCUUCCAGAUGGACAUUCCAAAGACUCUCCACAUAGCACCCUAUUACCUGACGUUUUGCCUCAACCUGCACCUGAUAUUUUAUACGACCGAGGUCACGUAACAGGUUGUUCGUCAACAUCAUCAUCAUCCACACCUCUCGUCGAUCCUCCACCUAGUCCCGUAACAACAACGUACAGUUCAAGAAAGCCGCACAGAAGCAAAAAAUUAAGAAAAAAGCAUUAUAUAACUCCUCCCAACUAUACUUCCGGCUUCUACCCGAAUCCUCCAACUCCUCGAAGUAGCGUCCAAGCCUUAUCAGUAAGCCCUUCAACCGAGCGCUCGUUUUAUAAUAAUCCCUAUCCACCACCCCCAUCGCCUAUCGGCUUUUCCGAUUAAAGUUUCUCAAUGUGCCAAAAAUCCGAUUACAAAACCGACGUUUGAGUUGAUAGCAUAAAAAUAAAAAAAAAAAUAACUGUUUCUUUAUUUCAACUGCUAGUCACGGUGCUGUGUGUUCCGACAGUAUUCUUUUAUGAUAGGAAAAAAACAAGAAGCAAAAAAAGAUCAUGUUGUGUGGAUAAUUAAUUAACAGACAUCUUUGUUUAUUCAGUUUUUUUCCCGUAUUUUUUGCUUUUUUUAUUAUCUUUAGACUAUUCUUUUUUUUUAUAUAACAAUGAAAUUUUUUCAAAUUUGUUCUUUUAUAUAUAAAAAUGUAAAUGAAAAUGUAUUUUGUUUUUGAAAUAUUGAUUAGAAAAUCUCAAAAUU